UACAAUUUAGUACCUAAAUUUUAUUUUUUUACAAAUAAGUCCAUAAAUUUUGAUGGUAAAAUUACGUUUUGGUACCCAAAUUUUUUUAUUUUUACAAAUUAGUACCUAAACUUUUAAAACUUUACAAAAAGGUCCAAUGAAGUAUGAGAUAUUUGUUGUUGCUAAGGGUCACAGAGUCAAAACGUGACCCGUCCCUAAGUUGUCCCGACCCUUGCAGGGUCAACAAAUGACCCGUCCCUAAUCUGUCCCUGUAGACAAACUGACCCGUCCCGGCCCAGGCCCUGUGCUGGUCAGACCCACAGCACAGGGCCUCAUAAUUUUAAAGGCCUCGUAUGAUCUACAAAAUACUAUAAGGCAAUGUCGAUAUACCGCUUUUGCCACGUCAGUCUCCGCUGGAAUAACCGCAGAGUGCGGAGGGAUUUUAUCGUCAAUUCAGAAACCCUCUCUUUCUUGCCUUCUGAAUUCCAACCUCCUACCGGAAAGCGAAAUCUCUCUCACCGUCUCUUCCCAACAUCAAUCGGAAAUCGUAAUUCCCACCGUCCUUUUGGCCACGCUCAAGCCCAAAUCGAAAUCACUCCCGUCGCUCUCCCUGCUAAUCACAGCUCACCAAAGCUUCGACCUUAUUUUUUGGUACACUCAAUCUGAAAUCCAAAUCGCUCAUUGUCCCCCUCUCCGUAUUUCUUCAAUCGUCGCUCUCUGCCGCUCUGGUCAUCAAAGCUCUCCACAGCUCCGACCUUAAUUUUUGGUACACUCAAUAUAAAAUCCAAAUCAUUUACAAUCCCUGUAUGUACUUCUCCUGUCAUUGUGUUUGUUGCCGUCUGCCCUGUCUUGCAAACCCCAGAAAAAAAUCUCCACUCUUCUCGCUCUGUCUUUCUCGCUGUAUCUCUACCAACCUCGACCGGCGCAUGCUUCUUCUCUGGCGUACGGCGGCUGCAGUAGCUAUAGGUUCCUUUUGGGUUGUGAAGACAGGAUGGCGGAGAGGCGGAGACUAGAGCAUUUAGCAGAGGUAGUUUUCUAUUUUGACUUUGCAGAGCCUGUAUAUGCAAUGUCCUCUCUCUACCUUUUAUUUACCUAUGGGCAAUCUGUGCAAUAGCUGCUAGAUUGUGUUUUAGGUUGGUUACCAAGGUUUUGGGACGAAAAAUAAUUUCAUUCUCUACUAGAUUGAGGUUUGGGCAUCUUCUUGAGGUUAUAUUUCCCUGUUUUGGCAGCACUGUCUUGCUAAUUUAUACAUGUUCAUUGUCUUUUUCUCUUUGUUUCUCAUUUUCAUGACAACUCUCUGAAUUUGUACAGCGGCAAACAUUUUGUUGAGCGAGAAUGGUGAUUUAAAAGUAUAUUAUCCUUUGCUUAUAUAGCACCACAAGAUCGUGAUAUUCCAUAUAUAUCUUUAUAUUGCUAUAACACUCAUUGGCAUAUGCAUGUAUUUCAGUAUUUCGUGCUACUUUUAUGAUCAUGUAACAGGCUGCCGAGUUUGGUGUUUCUGCACAACUUACAAGAACAAUUUCCUGAUGAAAGGUGCUCCAUUUGACACUUUAACUGCUCGAGAGUUUGUUCAUAGUAAUAAGGAUCGUGAUACUGAAGCGUUUGGACUUUGGGUGUUACUCUUACUGCCUGGUUUAUGAUUUUUCAGUGCAACCUUAUUCAUUGACUUAUCUUUAUAGUUUUUUUUAUUAGUCUGUGAACUGCUUGCUCAACAUUUGCAGACUUUUGUUAGCACACCCUUCUGGAUGGCUCAUGACUCCAGUAGUUAUUUAGAAGGGUACAAUGAAAAGGGAAAGGAAGGGAAUUUGUAUCUCCCCUGAAGUUCCGAUGCUAGCUGAAGUCGAUGCGGAGAGAGUGCGCCUUGCUGGUGCUAGGAGGAGAAGGAAGUUCCUUUGGUUGUACGACGAGUAUGCAUCAAGUGCGUGUUGUUUCAGUCCCAAGUGUGUCAAUUUCUGCCUCUUGAUUGGUGUCAUGAGUUCAACUUUUGUGAUCAGCAGAAAAUAUGAUUGAGAGGGUAGGACAGAAUGCCCUGAUUAACAUGGUUAAUGGAAUUGCUUGAAUGUGAUUCAGUGGAAUUUGUUAUGUUGUUCUCCUUUGUUGUCUGCUGGGUUUCCACUCUUAAUUUCUAAUAUACAUAAGGUAGCGACGUGGCGUUUUUGUUGGUAAUUGUUGUCGAAUAUUGCUGCAAGUAGCAGGGAAGGAAGUGUAUAGCUAUGUACUCAAAUGCCCUUGAUUUCUUUAACUUUCUACUGUUGUAUAUUUACACUAUGCCUAUUAUUGUUUAGUGUAUAAUGCUCCUUUGAAGGCCUUUCAAGCUAAGUAUAACCGAGCUACCAGUAUAAUUUUGUGAAGCCUCAAGCUGAGUAUUCCGUGGUUAGCGUUGAUCAUGAUCCACUUUAGGUAGGUGAUGAACAUUUUAGUUGCACAUCAACUCAGUUGGUCUAAAGGAUUCCUGAUUAAUUACAUAGUUUAAAUCUAUCUUAUUACUCAAAUUUGAUUUCAGUAAUUGACUGAGACUCCAAGACCUUAGGGCCCUAUUGGGACAACCUUAACCAGGUUGAAAAGGAAACAUGCUGUCGAUCCUAACGAGGAGAAGUAGUAUUGCUGGAAACUUUUUGAGUUAAGGCCCACAUUAUGAAGCUUUUGUUUAGUAUUUUUCUUUUAUAUAUGGGAUAUGAGAUGUUUAGCAUUAUCUUUUCAUUUAGGUUCAUGUUGAAACUAUAUUUUUUUAUUGUUUACUUUAUGGAUUAUCUUCUUUUGUUCAGUUUGAAUUGUGGAAUUGCAAUGAGAUUCUUUGCUGCAAUCUUUUCUGAUUUGAUUGAUAUCUUUUCCCCUAUGGAUUAUCUUCUUUUGAUUCUCAAGUUUGGUUCAUAAGUCAUAACCAUCAAAUAAUUCUCAAGUUUAGUCCAUUCUGAUUGUAGCUACUCGCAAGGUUUGCUGCAUUUUUUAGAUUAUCUCAUUGUUAAUAUUGUGAAUAAAAGCUAUUGGCAGAGUUCACUGCAUCUUUUUUUUUAUAACCCGACUGUUGGUGUUUGGUGUCUUUCUUGCCCUUCUAUGCGUUGGUGUAUUUACUAUUUAAGGGUGUAAGUUUGAACCAAAACCCACUGAACCGCCCCGACCUCGAGGGUCGGGCUGGGUCAGUUUGUCUAUAGAGUCAGUUUAGGGUCGAGUCAGGGUCAUGUAGGGUUGGGUCAGUUUAAGGGCGGGUCACUUUUUGACCCUAUGACCCUUAGCAUCGUACAAACACGUUUGACCUAUUCGUAUAGUUUUAAAAGUUUAGGUACUAAAUUGUAAAAAAUAAUUUAGGUACCAAAACAUAAUUUUACCCAUACAUAGCCUUCUAAUCCUUCUCUUGGCUACCGUAGUUAGCUUACUGUCCACAUCUGGCUGAGGUGACUCCAAACCAUCACAACUCCACUGGCAUUCACACACAUAAUCGUAACUUUACUCAUAUGUCAUAACAACACCAACGAAUGCAACAAACUACUUAAUUAUGAGAUGCCAAAACUCAGCAACAAAUUUACUAUGGAUGCUCAAACAAUUUUCCCUAGAUCCGUCCCCUCAUAUUGAGCCAAUCAAUGUCACUGGAGUCCACAUCUCCCCGUGCAAAUCCAAUUUGCAAGAGGCAAAUUCUUUGACAAUGAGUGGACUUUUCCACAAAAGCAAGUUUGCUGGUAGAGACUUGGGAUAAGGAAUCUGUUUACUUCAAUACACAUCAACUACACCACGGUGCAUGAGUAUUCUAUGUUUGAGGUAGGAUAAAUCAUAAAAGAGACCAAGUCCCCAACCCUUCUAGCACUUCCAAUUUCCGAAACGUAUUCUUCAAAGCACUGGCUGACACUACUGGAUGGCCUGAAAAACAAGUUCCUUUACACGAAUAUGGGAACAAUUCAUCAUUUGAUUCACACACUCAACUUGCCACAAGACGCUUGCCAAAACAAUUGGAUUCAACUGCAAUAAUUUACAUCAAACACC